AUGGAAUUCACUACAAGUCAAUUUAUAUUACAAACAAAACGUGGGCAUGAGCUUCACUUACUGAAUAUUUGUAUCAAAUAUAGGAGCAAAAACACGAUUGGCAACCAAAGAUCAAAAACUGUUCCGUUCCCUGGUUUGAACUUUUCUAUUCAUGGAUUUUGUUUUAAUCCUUCUAAUUUAUGCAUGAAUGAUGUUUUGCGAUGGAUUUUUGUUCUCCUUUUCAGUAGAAAAUUUCUUCGUUUCCUCAAGAGUUUCAGUGAGUUUCUCGUGAAAGAUUUAACCAGCGUUUGUACUCUUCUCAGAACUGAAUUUCUGAAUAAAUUGAAAAGAAAAUCAAAGAAGAAACAAUCUGAAGUUUGA